CGAUGAUUUCCCAGCACAGCAGCGCUGACGGCACACUGCAAGUAUGGCCGGGGACAGCGAGACACAUCUAAGGGACCGUGAUGAGAACACCAACGUUAUUCGACAACCUUUUCUCAUCGGUGUCUCCGGAGGCACCGCCAGCGGAAAGUCGUCCGUAUGUGAGAAAAUCAUGGAGCUGCUGGGCCAGAACAAGAUCGACCACCACCAGCGGCAGGUGGCGAUCCUCAGCCAGGACAGCUUCUAUAAGGUGCUGACUCCAGAGCAGAAGGCAAAGGCACUUAAGGGCCAGUUCAACUUUGAUCAUCCAGACGCCUUUGACAACGAGCUGAUCAUGCAAACACUCCGACAGAUCCUGCAGGGAAAGACUGUCCAGAUCCCAGUUUAUGACUUUGUCACUCAUUCCAGGAAAGAGGAGUUUGUUACGGUGUAUCCGGCUGACGUCGUCCUGUUCGAGGGCAUCCUGAUGUUCUACUCGCAGGACAUCAGAGACCUCUUCCAGAUGAAGCUCUUUGUUGACACAGAUCCAGACACACGGCUCUCGCGCCGAGUUCUGCGAGACAUCAGUGAGCGUGGCAGAGAGCUGGAGCAGGUCCUCACUCAGUACAUCACUUUUGUGAAACCGGCCUUUGAGGAGUUCUGCUUACCCACAAAGAAGUAUGCAGAUGUGAUUAUUCCACGAGGAGCAGAUAACCUUGUGGCCAUCAACUUGAUAGUACAGCACAUCCAAGACAUUCUGAACGGCGGACUAAGCAAGCGCCACAGCGGCUGCAUGAACGGCCACAGCACUCCACGUCAGCGGCGGACCUCCGAGUCCAGCAGCCGGCCUCAUUGACCUCAUCACACCUCUCUUCACAGGGCGGAGAGGGGUGUGGGGGUUGCGCUGUAAAUAAUGCCUGUCGGCAUCCCGGUAUUUAAGAGAGGAAAAGAGAUGCAAAAAGAAUUGAAAUGCCUUUUAUUAUUAUGACUACUCUUUUUAUUAGUUACUUUCAUUGUAAUUGUUGAACUUGGGAUUUAAAGUUAGAAAAACUCUUGUGAUGAGACCAUGGGUUAAAAAUUGACCCCAUGCAUUUUCCUCCCAGAUUGCAUUUUGUUUUUUAUGUAUCCCCUGUUGCACCAUGGGAAAAGUCAUGCCGCUAAUGAAUAAAAAAAAAAGAGGGGGAUCCUUUUACUUUUUUUGUAAUGUCUGAUAAAACUUGAACCCCUAAUGGCUCGGGGGCAUCUGAUAAACGUUUGGGUGGGUACCAAACCAGAAGGAUGUGGCUCGAAAGACGAGUUAAAGAAACCAGGAUUGCACUCUGUAUUCGUACUGACAAUCUUGGAAGUUUUUUUUUUUUUUUUUUUUCAGUGUUUAAAAUUUCCUCGUUGUGUUGUUUGGUGUAAUAUGUUAAACUCAAGCUCUGUUUACUACACAGUGUCCCCCUCACAUUGAUUCUGUGUCAAUGUCUGCAGCAGCAGUAUCACACUACAUGACUUACAGUACUGAUUGUCACGUGACUGUCAGACCAAUGAAGCCAAAGGCUGCAAGGUUUAACUGACAACUGUAUUAACUCAGCCUAGUCUCGUGGGCAUUGUUACACUUCUGCGACACAUGUACCCUCUUAUUAAUGGCCUAUUGAUGUAUGAUUUUCUCAAUCAAAACUCAUACAAGUUGCUUCAGUUUUGGUCAAAGGAAUUAAAUCAAAUUUGCAUCUACAAUUUUCUUUCCCAGUUUAGGUGGUUUUUGCCUGUAUUCAGCCCUGUUCAAUAAGACAAAGAUAUGACAUGUAUACUCAGGUUGAUGAUACAGUUUUGAUUUGAAAUGCCAGAACAAGGGUGGUAUUAUAAAGGUGAUCAAUGCCGCAGCAAUAUCCGUUUUCCCAGGUGUGUGGCUAUAAACCACCAAAAACCCACCACAAUGCCUCCGCGAAGUUGCCUCAGGUUAACGUGUACAGUAAGUAUCCACGCGAGAAACCAGUUUCCACUAACUUAAGGUUACAAUAAUAAAAAAAACUCCUGGAUCAAUUUUGUAUUCCAUGUGCUGUAUUUAUUGUGUAUAGUGCAAUUGAAUGAAUGAUUUGUACCUUUUGAGAUUUGUACUGUAUGGAUGUUGAACUGGAUUGGGAUGAUUUAUAAGUGACCGAUGUCAAUUGUCAAUAAACUAAUGAAGCUGA